CUUGAAGAUAAAAUUCAAUAUGCCUGCUCUGUUCUACAUGCUUCUUUGUCUCCUAACAUUCAUGCUGUUGCAACAGAGCAUAAAGUCCCAUAUGACACCCUUCGUCGACGGUAUCUUGGCAAGAAUCAGCCAUACCACAAGGCUCAUAUCAGGCAGCAGCUCCUUUCACCCGAAUCAGAAACUGUACUCGUGGACUGGACUAAAUUGCUCAGCUCCAUGGGGCAUCCACUCAGCAAGCACACAAUUUGA